AUGAACACCACGGCACGCUCACAUCCAACGAGACACAACGUCGGAUUGAGAAAACAACCAACCACAGAAGACAAAGACAUCAUACAAAGGACCUUACAAAAAUUCAGCAAAAAUACCACACAGAUACAGCAGAAAUCAAAGCGAAAUCAAACAAAAAUACAAGUCAAGCCAUCAAAAGACACAACGAGGAACCACCAAGGGAGCGACAGGUGCACACAGGGAUCCCCACAGAGGGACCCCCGAGACGGUGCCUACCUACGACGAGCGCAGGCAGACACCGCCAAAGUGGCGCUGGAUGUGGUCAGCGUUCAUCUGAUGGACCAGCGCCGCAAAGCGACCCUUCCACCGGGGAACAAAGGCCUCAUCCAGCCCCGGCUGGUACACACCACGGGCCUCGGCGCAGCGGGCGAGCUGACCAAGCAGAUCCACAAAGGAGGAGGCGAACCCACCGGUUGUCGUCAUCGCCGCAGGGACGAUCAGAGUUUUUCCAUGGUUGAAACCGGUGUAGUAGUCGCGCUUCUCCUUUUCGGCUCGGCGAAGGGCAGCGCCCACCUUGAUGCAGGCUUGCGAGCCGAAAAGGAGAAGCGCGACUACUACACCGGUUUCAACCAUGGAAAAACUCUGAUCGUCCCUGCGGCGAUGACGACAACCGGUGGGUUCGCCUCCUCCUUUGUGGAUCUGCUUGGUCAGCUCGCCCGCUGCGCCGAGGCCCGUGGUGUGUACCAGCCGGGGCUGGAUGAGGCCUUUGUUCCUCGGUGGAAGGGUCGCUUUGCGGCGCUGGUCCAUCAGAUGAACGCUGACCACAUCCAGCGCCACUUUGGCGGUGCCUGCCUGCGCUCGUCGUAG